AUGGGCCGUGAAGGCCAUGAACCGCUUCCAACGGACGAAAGUCACACCAUGCCGCCCACAUCACAUGAGGAGGAGCCAGAUCGGGGACAGUGGACGGGGAAGUUCGAUUUCUUGAUGAGUAUGAUUGCCUAUGCAGUUGGACUCGGAAACGUAUGGCGCUUCCCGUAUUUGUGUUUCAAGAAUGGAGGUGGAUCAUUCCUUGUUGUGUAUGCGAUAUUCUUCUGUUUGGCGGCUGUGCCAAUUUUCAUUAUGGAAGUAACCAUAGGACAAUAUCUGCAACGGGGCGCCAUGGAAAUGUGGAGGAUGUGCCCAAUUUUCAAAGGUAAGAAUUUUUUGCACUCUUGA